AUGUCCUCUACCACUGUUCUACUUGACCAAAAUCUAUUCACUCUUUCUUAUGAUAGUCUUUCAGACGUGGAGAAGACCCGGAUGAGCUAUCUCCGAGCUCGAAGCAUCACAAGAUACUAUGGCUUCGCGCCAAACGAUAUUCUACACCUAACACCCAAGUUCUGGGCCUUUCACCGUGAUGAUAUUUGCGCUUUUGAUAUUUCCGCGUUCUCACUCAUCACCAUCCAAUGCAACCUCGUCGCCGGUAGCUUGGCUGCCUAUUCCGAGUACCAGGAUCUUGUCAAGCGUGUGCUGAGCUUUGACGUUCAAGGGCAGUAUAUGCUCACCGAGCUAGGCCAUGGCCUCGAUGCCAAGCAUAUAGAGACGACAGCAACCUUGUUGUCAGACGGUAGUUUCGAUCUACACACUCCUCACUUGCACGCGGCCAAGUAA